AUGGCAACAACGUCACCGUCUUUCAUUGAUCGAUUGAACCAUGCUGCUCAAAGGGCCUCGCACAUGUCGUUGAAAUCGCCUGCUUCGCAAACUGCGACCGAAUAUCAGCUCGAACCGCUAGAACCUCGACCAAACGAACCAUGGCGACAGGAACAUGAGAAUACCAGUAUUCCCGAGCAUGCAUCUCCAUCUGCCGCCUCGCAGUCUAAACAAACGCCGCUACACUCUGCGAACCGAAGAGAUGACUCUCCUGGAUCAUAUUCCAAGCGAAAGCCUAGGCUUAUGUUUACCGGACCGCCACCGCCUAUUGCCUCGUCAGUAGUGGUUUCUUCGCGCCAAUCCAGCCCGACACCAGUCACCGUUGACCGAGGACGAGAGGCCAACGGGCUAAUGCGAACAUUGGGAAGGAGCAUCGCCCAAGCCGUGUUUGAUCAGACGACAAGCCGAGACACCCUGUAUAGCCUGCAGUCUGAUACCACCUGGCGUAGCCUCCGACACCGCCAGAGGGCUUUAGAAACGGAUAUUCAACAACUACUGGAUUCCCAGGUUGCAGGCUUAGUAUCUGGAAGCCAAAACGGGGAUUUGUUACCGGCCAGCAGAGAUAUUGACGUCCACAGCGAUACAGGAAGCAGCACACCAACAGGCACGUUUUACUCCACGGCAACAUCAAGAUCUCAGAUGCCGAGGAGCCUGUACAUACCUCCAACAUCCACCCUAGAGGGAAUUAUCAUACCAGUACGGCAACCUGCAAACAAUCAAUCCACAGGCCUCAAGUCUGCUCGAAAUGGCUUGCGUAGAGCAAUACUAUCUUUAGUUGAGCUUCGUGAGGAAGAAAUGGACAAAAUCGACACAGCAAUAGAGGAGAGGAGGAAUGCUCUGGCGCAACUUAACACACUCGGCACAAGACGGCUUGGUAUACAGGCAAAGAUAACAGCGGUGGACGGUGAUAAAAAUGAGCCACUGGGAAGACAGUUGCGGGAACUGGAGGCAAAAUAUAAUUUGGUGAAUCAAGAGAUCGGCACGCUUGAAGAAAGGCUUAUUAGUCUCCGAAAUCAACGACAAUGGCUUAAAGAGAAGAUGAACGAUGCCAAGGGUAAAAGAGAAGCGGGUUUAAGCGGAUAUCGUGGAGCCUUAAAGGAUGUAGAUUCAGAACUCGCAUUCCUUGUUCGACGGCCUUCUUUCCUACCCCUUGACCCGGCUGUAUUUGGCGCGGAUGGCGGCGCUUUAAGCGAGGAUGUUGCUUCAUCAGGUGGUCCCGAAUUUUUCCGCCUCAUUCCCGAACGUCGCACACCAGAGAUGGCGAAGUCUUGGUUUGAGGCUGAACUCAAGAUCCUGCAGAGGCGAAGAAUACAAGUGCAUCAAGAUCGCCAGGCCCUAGAGAAGGGAGCAGGUGUAUGGGACCAUGUCGUUGCUCUGGUCGUUAAUUUUGAAUCAGAGCUGCGGCGUCUGUUAAAGGACGGUAUCAGUUCAUCAGCGCAGAGUUCUGCUAAGGGCAAAGAGAACGCAAUUUCGGAUCGUGAUCUCAUACAAGCCCAGUUGGUAAGUAUGAAUACAGUUCUUGUGGAACUAGAAGAGGCUAUGAGACAAGCCGAGGCACAUAGUUGGAAUCUCCUUAUCUGUGCUAUUGGCGCCGAGUUGGAAACAUUCAAGGAGGCUCAAAGUGUUCUCAAAAGCCUGUUGCCUUCAUCAAAUACGGGGGAAGACGACACAAACCAGAGCAUGCCAACUACGAGGCGAGGUUCUCAUGCCACGGACCAACAUGGACAUUCACAAGGAGACAGUGACAAUGACGUCCCAACGGAUCUAUUUUUGUCCCACGUUGACGGUACUGACCAAUCCAGUAUUAAGCAAUUGUAUCAAGAUAGAUCCAGGAGUGUGGACGUGAGUUGCGACAGGCCCCGGAGCCAGGAUAGCGAAAAUGAAGUCCCGCUUGAGUUUCUGGCCGAGCACGACUGA